UUUGGUCUUCCGACAUAUCUGAAAGUUCAUUACGGUAAUUUCAGUGCAUGUGUGGCAUAAAUUUUGCUUGGAUGGCUGAAAUCAAUGCUAAUAUAGUCAAAACAGACGAUCAUAUUACUAAAACCCCAUCGCCAUUGAGCAUCCAACAUCAUUUUAGUUGUCCCUCUCCCCCUCCAUUAAACUUCCAUUUCUACCAAGCUAUCCCUCCAUCUAAACCCCAUUCAAUUUGUACCCUUCUCCUUCCUCUCCCAUCCAAUCGGAAUCAAUGGGUUUCUAGGGCACCAAGAACGGUGAAAUGUGCUCGUCCUCUUGUAGCCUGGUAGAUUUGAUGAGCCCUUUCCUCCCACUGCACUUCAGUGCAGGUGUUGGCAUCAUUGUCCUUGGCCUCUCCUAUGCCUUUCAUGCGCAUCGGCUAGGCCGUCAGUGCUGUCCUCCUCGCUGUCGUUGCCAAGAUCUACGAGCUUUCCAUGCUGUUCAUUGCCCUCCUAUGCAGCCUCUUCGGCAUGCUCAGCCAAUCGGCGACAUCAUCACCACUAACCUGGGCACCGACAUGGUAAUUCUGUGGGAAGAGAUACUGCGGUGGCUGCUGGUGGCGACGGUGAGUUUCGUGGCGAUGCUGGUGCCCAACUUCGCCGACUUCUUUUCACUGACGGGGUGCAACACUUGCAUCGUCCUUGGGUUCGUGCUGCCAACGGCAUUCCAUCGGAAGGUGUUCGGGGCGAAGCUGGGGUGGGGUGGCUGCCGACAGGGUGAUUAUGGUGCUGGGCACGGCGUUGCGGUGUCCUAUGUGAAAAAAUCUUUAUUGUAUUGGCAAUGCAUUUUGGCCAUGUAAGCUAUAUUUUCAAACAUUUAAAGCCAUGACAGCUUCAGUUU